UUUGGGGCGCCACGGCUGCCCCCUGGGGAGGGAGGCGAGGCUCCGGCGGCCGGCCCUGACUGCUGCUGCGCCCCUCCAGCGCCGGCCAUGGCUGCGCCCUGGGAGGGCCUCCUGCGGGACGCGGCGGCCGUCCGGGCGGCGGCGGCGGUGGCGGUGGACGCGGCGCUCCUGGAAGGCGUCGUGAUGCGCACGGAGGGGGAGCCCAACGCCUCGGAUGUGGUGAAUUACGCUCCCUUCACGCUGCUCCCAUCGGCAGUACCAAGUGCCCUGUUUGAACAAGCAUAUGCUGUUCAGCAAGACUUUAACCUGCUGGUGGAUGCUAUUAGUCAAAACAAAGAAUUCCUGGAGCAUACUCUGGCCAGCACCAUCAAGGUAGAUGACUUCACAGCUCGACUCUUCAGAAUCUACACGCAAGUUUUGGACGAAGGCUUGGCUCAGUCUGUGUUUUUAGGCAUAAACCGCUCUGAUUACAUGUUUGACUGUGGGGUGGAUGGGACACCAGCUCUGAAGCAGAUAGAAAUAAACACCAUUGCUGCCAGCUUCGGAGGCCUCACCUCCCGCACUGCAGUGGUCCACGGGCGGGUGUUGAAAGUGCUGGGAAAGUCUAAAGAGGCAUCACGUCUGCUGCCCAACAACCCGUCGAAAGGGCUUGCCUUGGGUAUUGUGAAAGCCUGGGAGCUCUACGGUUCUCAAAGUGCUGUGGUGAUGUUUCUGGUGGAGGAAGUCCAGAGGAACAUUUUUGAUCAGCGAUGUGUAGAAAACGAGCUCUGGGACAGGAAUAUUCGGGUCAUCAGGAAACGGUUCAGAGAUGUGUUUGAAAAGGGGUCUCUGGAUGAUGCCAGAAGGCUGUAUAUGGACGGCCAGGAGGUAGCAGUGGUGUACUACAGAGAGGGCUACAUGCCAAAGAACUACGACCAGCAGAACUGGGAGGCACGGUUGUUACUGGAGAGAUCGAGGGCAGUGAAGUGCCCUGACAUUGCUACCCAACUUGCGGGCACCAAGAAGGUCCAGCAGGAGCUGAGCCGGCCAGGGACGCUGGAGAGAUUACUGUCUGGCCACACCGACGCUGUCGCUCGAAUAAGAGCGACAUUUGCUGGACUUUAUUCCCUGGACAUGGGCAAAGAGGGUGACAAGAUAGUGGCUAUGGCCAUUGCUGACCCUGACCGGUUUGUGCUGAAGCCGCAGCGAGAAGGGGGAGGGAACAACCUCUAUGGUGAAGAGCUCAGGCAGGUUCUGGAGAAGAUCAAAGACAGCCCUGAGAGAACCUCCUACAUCUUGAUGGAUAAAAUCAAACCACAGCCAGCAAUGAAUUAUUUGCUGAGGUCUCACAGUCCCUUGCACGUGUCCCAGUGCAUCUCAGAGCUUGGUAUUUUUGGUGUCUAUGUCAGACAGGGCAAGGAGAUGGUGAUGAACACAGCUGCUGGCCACCUCCUGCGGACGAAGGCCAUCGAGCACGCGGAUGGUGGGGUAGCGGCUGGGGUGGCUGUGCUGGACACACCGUACUUGGUGUGAUGCCCUGUCCCACCCACCUCGCUCUGCUGCCUGAAGAGCUGAUCUGCCACAGCGAUUUUCUCCUUAGGGUGCGCUUACCAAGGUCUGAUGUAUUGGGGGAGGGGAGAUGGGGCUGUGCGGACACAACUGCUCAAACGUCCUGCUUGCCAGCCCCAGCUUCUCCUCUGCAAUUCCUCCUGCAGGACGAAGGGCCUCCCUUGCUCUGCGUGCCUGGGGGGCCCUGCCCUGUGCGUGUCCCAGCUGUGACCUCCCAGGACUGCAUUGCUCUGGCUGUUCCCUUGGGGUCUAGCCUGCGGGCAGGGGUACGUGCGGCAGAGCUGAAGGGUAAAUGUGCCACAACAAGCACUCACGCUGUUCCCAGUCUCCUGCUCCUUGAUGCUGCAUUAUUUCUGGUGCCAUGCAAACCCAAAGCCUAGAGAAUGGGAGGAGAAAGAUGGAUAUGCAAGUAACAGCCUUCAGCUGUGGGAUUUGUGGCCCUCAGUGCUUUCCAGGUUAAAGGGGGAGCCCAGCUCCACAUGCCCAUGGCCCCUCCAGCUCUCCUUCAGGUGCUGCUGCUUUCCUGAUUGCUACUUCUCCCUGUGCCUCCCACUGAGGAUCCUCAGUGUCCCUGCACAAGGGACAGCUGCCCCGGUGUAAUUAUUUGCCCAGCUCCCACUUUGCUGGACCAGGUGCUUAUCCCAGAUAGUGCCUCUGUGCUACACCAAGCUGGCAGCAGCGCAGAAUCCACGUGGCAGGCUGUGAUGCUCCUGUCCUGUGGGGUGUGGUCCCAUGAGCCCCCAUGGGAAGGUUGCAUCCGUUCCAGUUGCCUCCUGUAGCCUUGUCCAACAGCUCCCCAUGGAGCACAAGAAUCCCUCAAUGAUGGUGGCACAUCCCAGCACAGCACUGAAUUGGAGCCUUGUGUCACAGUCACUGUGCUGAUAAACCUGAAUCCCCAAGGGCGUGUGCUAGUGCAUCCCACUGCAAGCCACGCGCCGAGCCUCUCCGCCCUGCUCUGCCGCAGCGCGUACAGCUGAAGAGCCGUGUCAGGGAGCCCCAGGCUUUACACUGGUCUGGCUGGGAUGUGGGGGGUGGGCUGAACCUGGGAGCUUUGUGGCAGGGAAGUGAUGGAGUUGCAGGAGAGGCUGAGCAAGUGCAGCCCCUGCUUCCAAGCGCCUUACUUUGGGACCAGCAGCAGUGGAUGAUGAGACACGUCUCCCUCCACAUUCCAUGAAUCAGUGGGAACAGAGCAGCGGGGGGGGACAGAAGCACUCGGGCUCUCCAUCCCAUGGGCUUUUGCCUCUUCUCCAGCCCCUUUUCCACUGAACAGUUCAAAUAUAGAAGAUGGACCUUUGUGGCACCCAGGCAGCCUCAGCUCUAGCCUUUUACUGACACCAGAGCAAGGCAGUGUAAAGCCACUGUUUCUGAAGAAUGAAUGUGCUGAUUGACAGACUUGCACCCUGCUGUGUGCAUUGCUGCUGUGUGCUUCGAUCAUCAGUCUUUCACCCUGGAAGGAGUCCAGUUCUGCAAGUGUGACUGAUCCUGGGUGGUUGUUCUGUUGGGGGUGUCGAUUACCCUCAGCCAGAGAUUAAAAAGCACGUGCAAUCUGAA